UUAAGUUAGGUUAUGAUUACCUGUUGUCGGUUUGGUUAUUAUUUUAUGUUUUCACACAAGAACUAAACCAUAGAAUCCCUAACUAUUUUAAUUUUCAUUUUUUUUUAAUAGUGUUCUACUUCAGUUAAAUUGUAUUUGAUAUACCCUUCUUACCUUGUCAUAAGGGUUAAUUCUUAGGCUGCAAAUUGCAACCGUCUUGUUGCAUUAUACAUACUUCUUUUUAAUAUUUCUUAGAUAGCAAAUUUCCUAUUUGAUUUGGUAUAAAUAUAAAUCACUCAGCCUAUAAACAUAUAUUAAAAUGUAUAUCCGAAUAAAGGCUGACUGGCUGGAGGAUAAAGAAAAACGAGAAUGUUUUAUAUCACUUUCGAAAACAACAAAAAUCCGAGAGCUAAGGACACUAAUAAAAGCAGAAAUAAACUUGGAUCCAAAACUGCAAAGGUUAUUCUACAAAGGCAAGGAAAUGGUUGACGGACAAAUUCUCAAUGAUUAUUCGGUACUGCCAAAUGACGUUAUAGUUGUUAUGAAGCGACAAGUUUUACAAGAAACAAACCUAAAAACGACCUCUUCAAAGGAUGGUAAUAAUGAACAAAAAAAGUCUGUAAGUAAAGAAACAACACCAGAUUGUGACCAGCUAGUUGAUGCGAUGUCAGAUUACUAUCGUGUUGGAGACUUUGUGGAUGUAAGACUAUUGGAUACUGGUGCUUGGUAUGAGGCCGUUAUAGAAAAGAUCUUGAAAAAGGAUGGGGAUGAAGAGGUUGAUAAAAACCUGAUAUUUCGGUUAAAAAGCGCUUCACACGUUUCAGUAAUUCCAUUUGAAGAGGACGCCAAGUUUGAAAACAUCAGACCCCGAAGCUACUAUGUUUUUAAAGUUCCCGAAUUAAUGCCAGAAAUGACCGUAUUAGCCAAUUUUAAUAUUGACUCGCCAAAAGAGAGAGGAUUUUGGUACGAUUUUCAUAUAACCCAAGUGGGCAGUGUCGACAUUAUUGGCACUAUAGUUAUAGGGAAUGAGAAGAUUGAUAAUUGUAAUAUUAAAUUCAUCCAGGAGUGUAUGAGAAUAGAAGAGCCGAUACUAAAUAAGGUGAAGGACAAAAAAGCUCCAAGAUAUGUUAAUAGAAAAUAUCCGUUCCAUUGCAAAAAAUGCAAAGACGACAAAAAUAAAACGUGUAGGAGCUGCGGUUGUCACGAAUGCGGAGGAAAAGAAAAUUGGGACAAAAUAAUCCUCUGCGAUGAAUGUGAUAUGGGAUAUCACACUGAUUGCCUGGAUCCGCCUAUGGACGACAUACCCGAAGAUGACUGGUAUUGUCCUUCAUGUAAAACAGAUGACUCCCAAAUUGUAAAAGCUGGCGAGAAAUUAAAAAUCAGCAAAAAGAAACUGAAGACUCCCGCUUAUCAACAGAAAAAUAACAAAGACUGGGGUCGGGGAAUGGCGUGUGUUGGUCUUACAAAAACGAACGAUAAAGUGCCACACAAUCAUGUCGGAUCAAUUCCUGGUGUUGAAGUUGGCUUUUGUUGGAAAUUUCGACAUGGGGUUGCAGAGUCAGGAGUACAUCGACCUCCAGUUGCGGGAAUACAUGGAAAAGAAUCCGACUGUGCUUAUAGUGUUGUCCUUUCAGGAGGAUAUGAAGACGAUAUUGACUACGGCCAUGAAUUCUUAUAUACUGGUGCAGGAGGAAGGGAUUUAUCGGGUAACAAAAGAACUAGUGUACAGAGCUUUGACCAAGAGCUUAAUAGAACAAAUAAAGCUCUUGCCUUGAACUGCAAUGCAAAAUUCAAUAACAAAGAUGGCGCCGAGGCCGAGGACUGGAAAGGAGGACGACCCGUUCGGGUGGUUCGAAGUUACAAAUCCGCUAAACAUUCCGAAUAUGCACCGCAGGAUGGUUAUAGAUACGACGGUCUGUAUAAAGUGGUCAAAUAUUAUCCCGAAAAAGGUAAAUCCGGAUUUAUCGUGUGGAGAUAUUUGCUUAGAAGAGAUGAUCCUUGUGUUGCCCCAUGGGAGAAGGGAGCCAAACAGUAUGAAAUGAUAUAUCCCGAAGGUUACCUCGAAAUGGAAGAAGCUAAACGCAAAAAAGAAGAAAUGGAAAACAAAACUCCGAAAAAAGGUCAGAAACGAAAGGCAAACUCCGACGUCAUUGAAAUGCUGACAAAAAAGAAAAAAAGUGAAGAAUAUGACCUUGACAAGGAAACGCUUACCGUUAUAAAUGCAGAUAAAGUAAACGAGAAGCUUUGGAACGAGUGCAAAGAAAUCGUUAAAGAAGGGAAGAAACAGUUUUUGGAUAAGGUGGAGGAAACUUUUACCUGCAUAAUAUGCAUAACACUCGUAUAUAAUCCCGUUACCUUAAAAUGCAGCCACAACUUGUGUAAGAAAUGUUUGCAUGAAGCAUUUAAACACUGCUCCACCGAAGAAUUCCAGUGUCCACAUUGCCGGGAGAUGUUGGGUCGCAAGGAAACUCUCGCUGAACAAUUCAACAAUAAAAAUCUUCAAGCGGCAUUAAAUUUCUUGUUUCCGGGAUAUCGAACCGAAUAGGGAACGUCGUUUUACGUUUGCAUAGUUUUUAAAUUAUAUUAGAAUGUUCCAAAUACUUGUUAUAUUUUUUUUAGUAAUAGCAGUUAUUUUAGCAUUAAGUGUAAUAAAAUGAAUAACAUCCAAUUGAGCCAAUUUGAUGAAAUAAACAGUAUUUUUUUAUAAUAA